AUGGGCAAGCUCGACUCGGCCUACACGGACUGCAUCCGCUACAAGCACCCCAUCACCCCAUCUUUCACUCGACCUAAUCCCAAUCGCAAGCGACCCAACUCCUUCUCCCGGCUUGACUACUUUCUCUACAAAGAGCUCACCAAAAAAGGCUCGACCAGGCCUCGACGAUCUACGACUAUCCCAAGGAUCUUUCCGAUCACGACCGGUCUUGAUCGUACUGGCUCUCUCAGACGAUCUUGAUGCGGCUCUCCCACAGUCAGCCUACCUACCACAUCCAACCAACUACAUCGAAUCAAUACCACAACCUUCAAGACGGUGGAAUUUCAGCGGAUGAUGAAAGGAUGGUUGGAAGGGGCAAGCGGGGAGGAUCCGGUGCGAGAGCUUGAGGAGGUUCUGGAGGCGUGCAGGGACAGGGGUGGGGAGAUGGCGAGGAGGCUGCAUCGGGAGCGGACGGAACGGAUGGAGUAUUUGGUGGGGAGGGUGCAGGAUCUGGAGGCGUUACCGGUAUGGGGGGAGGCGGAAACGGCAGAAUGGACAAGGACGUCCGAGGAACUCAAGCGGGCGGUCGAGGAGCGCGCGCGCCUACUCCGGAUCCGAGCCCACGUCCCCGAGAUCGCUUCCGAGGAACGACUGUCGCGGCCGGUCCACGCCAAGCUCGCGGCGCGGAACUCGGACUCCAAGAUCACAGCACUGCGCUUGGGCAACGGAGAGCUAACGCAUGACAUUGAUGUCGCUCUUGACCACACGCAGGCGCAUUUCCAGCGCCUCUACCACAUCGAGCCUCGUGAUCCGGAACGCGUCGACCGACUUCGGGACGAACUCCUCGUGCCGAUCAGGGCGGCACGGACUUGCGACGACCCGCGCUCAGAUCCGCUCUUUCUGCGCCGACUCUCGGAAGCGCAGAUUGAUCUCCUCCAGCAACCCAUCACCGAGGACGAGGUCGUGGCCGCGAUCGGGACGACGCACCCGGGGCGAUCGCCGGGCCCGUCGGGCGUGCCUUACGAACUCUAUCAGACCGCACCGGAGGCGUGGUCCAAGGUGCUGACCAAGGCCUACAACGCGAUGAUCGAGCGCGGUUCACUCUCUCCCAAGCAGGGCAGGGACUCGUGCGCCUCAUCUUCAAGCGCCACAAGAAGAAUGCCGAUCGCGCCGAACUCUCGUCGUAUCGCCCAUCACCCUGCGCGAGUGCGAUUACAAGAUUUUUACCAAGGUCUACGUCGCCCGAUUGAACCAAUUCUGCCGAUCUCCUCCCGCCGCAGCAGCACGGCUUCGUCAAGGACCGCCGAUCGGCCGACGCUGCACUACACCUUCGUCUCCUGAUCGAGGAACUUGGCGCGCGCAGGACCGAGUUCCCCGCGGCCGCGCUCUUGUCUCUUGACCAAUCAUCCGCCUACGACCUCGUCGAGCAUGACUGGAUCUUUGCCAUUUUCGACGCUCUGGGCGUUCCUACCACUUUCUUCGCGUGCUGAGGAUGCUCUACUCGGGUGACUCGACCUCGGCGCGCUACAUCAUCAAUGGGUUCCUGACGGCGCCGGUGCGACUGACGUGUGGGCUCGGCCAAGGGGACCCGGCGUCAUCGUCGGUCUGGGACAUCGUGUUUCAGCCGUUCCUGGAUGCUCUACACCGUCGAAACAUCGCGCUGAAUCUCUCCAUACCUGCACUUCAUCCGUACCCACAGAGCCGCGCCAUUACAUCACUUGCAUUUGCCGAUGACGUUGUCGUCGCCGUCGCGGGCUUGGAGUCACUCAACUUGCUCGAUGACCUGGCGCUCGACUGGAGGCAUGCAACGAAUGGCCGGCUCAACACGGACAAGACGGUCGUCCUACCGAUUGGACGUCGCUGGGACCCUGGGGAACGGCCAAUCGUCGUCAAGGCCGCAGGCGAGUCGCUCGAGUGGAUCGGCUCCCCUUCGACCCCAGCGGCGACACCGAACUCGCCUACGCGAAUCUCAUCGAACGGCUCGAGGCGACGCUGGAAGCGGUUCAGCAUCGCUGGCUCACGCACCACACCCGUGCCUUUUACGUCAAUCGGUACGCCAUUCCCAGAUCCUGCAUUUCCUUGCAGCCGACAUCCCGCCGCCCGAAGUCGUCAAGAAGCUCGAUGACAUGCUCGUCGAUUUCGUCCGUGGGGGCAAGGGCAGGACCAGUACGGCAGAGACAUUGUGUUCACCGCCAAGAACAAGGGGGGACUCGGGGUGAUAAGGAUGCGGGACGUUGUGGACGCGGUUGCGGCACGGCUCUGGGACGUUCUUCUCGGCGGUUCCGGCGCGAUUUGGCAAGGACUUGCGCGCGCAGCACUCCAGCGAGCUCAGCCCGACCUCGACUGGCCACCGAUCUCUGGCCACAUCCAUCCACUCCCAUCCCAACGACCUUCAUCCCGAUGGCACGCCGCACUGGGCGUUCCGAACUUCACGACGUGCAGGUCAACCCGAGGGCCUUGA